CUCUCGCUGGUUUGCGCCCCUCUGCGUCAGCAGGAAUGAAUGAAGCGUCAUCGCUCCGGCUGCGUCCGGCACAAUUCUACUCAAUACGUGCAGUCUUCUCUAAAACUCAUUUAUAAAUAAUUAAAUAUUAACGGAUCGCGAUCGCUACUGCAGCUAAUUUUUUUGAAAACGUCAAGCUUUGUUUGCAGCAUCAGAAUGUGGGGCUGGCUUAAGGCUUUGUUGCGUCUUCUGUGCUUUUUGUCGCUGUUCUGCUGCACAGUGAGAGCUGAAGUCUCUCUUGUAAACGACGAGGUGAAGCGUACAGUGGACCUGAGCACACACCUAGCUAAAAUCAGCACCGAAGUGCUACUGUCCAACCAGGGAAGCUCCGCAGCGCACAGCUUUAUAGUGGCACUUGAGGCCGAUCUGGCCCCUCAUCUCGCCUACGUCGGAGUGUCUGUGAACGACGAAGAAGAAAAGGACAGACCUUUGGAGCUUAAGGAGGUCAGAGUCAAAGGCCAGAGUGGAGUAUUUUUUGAGGUGCAGUUGCCAUCUCCACUGGCAGGGGGCAGUAAGCUGCAGCUACAGGUAGAAACAGUGCUGAGCCAUGUGCUCCGGCCAUUUCCGUUGCACAUCACCCAGGCUGAGCGGCAGCUGGUGGUCUUCCAGGCCAACCAUUACCUGUACUCCCCCUACCCCACCACUACCCAAACCACACGUGUUCGGCUCGCCUCCAAAAAUGUGGAAAGCUACACCAAGCUGGGAAACCCCACCAAGAGUGAUGAGAAUAUUGAGUACGGCCCCUUCCACGAUGUUCCUCCUUACAGCCAGGACGCCAUGAAAAUCCACUAUGAGAACAACUCCCCUUUCCUUACCAUCAGUAGCAUCACCCGUACCAUCGAGGUGUCUCAUUGGGGUAAUAUUGCAGUGGAAGAGACCAUUGACUUGCGGCAUACGGGGGCCUUCCUAAAGGGACCUUUCUCACGCUAUGACUAUCAGCGGCAAUCUGACAGUGGCAUCUCUUCUGUUAAAUCCUUCAAGACCAUCCUCCCUGCUUCUGCUCAGGACGUGUACUACCGGGAUGAGAUAGGCAACAUCUCCACCUCCCACCUCUUGGUUCUGGAAGAUUCUGUGGAGGUGGAGGUGCGGCCUCGCUUCCCACUUUUUGGUGGCUGGAAGACCCAUUACAUCAUCGGCUACAACUUGCCCAGCUACGAGUAUCUCUACACACUGGGUGAUCAGUACGCUCUGAAGAUGCGCCUGGUGGACCACGUUUACGAUGACCAGGUUAUCGACCACCUCACAGUUAAGAUCAUCCUUCCUGAGGGGGCGAGGAACAUUCACUUAGACACCCCUUACCCCAUUGACCGCCUGCCCGACCAGCUGCAUUACACUUACCUGGACACCUUUGGCCGCCCCGUGCUGGUGGCCACCAAGAAAAACCUGGUUGAGCAGCACAUCCAGGACGUGGUGAUUCACUACACCUUCAAUAAGAUCCUGAUGCUGCAGGAACCUCUUCUGGUAGUUGGGGCUUUCUACAUCAUGUUCUUCACCGUCAUCAUUUAUGUUCGACUAGACUUCUCCAUCACCAAGGAUCCUGCUGCUGAGGUUCGCAUGAAGGUGGCCUCCAUCACGGAGCAGGUGCUCACGCUAGUCAACAAGCGGCUGGGCCUGUACCGUCACCUGGACGAGGCUGUGAACCGUUACAAGCAGUCACGUGACACGGGCGCGCUGAAUAGCGCCCGCAAAGCCAUGGAGGCAGAACACCGCUCCUUGACCACUGAUGUUGGAGCUUUACAGGGACGCCUCAAGGCUGAGGGCUCUGACCUGGCAGAAAAGGUGGGUGAGGUGCAGAAACUGGAUGGCCAGGUGAAGGAGCUGGUCUGCCGCUCCUGUCAGGAGGCAGAACGUCUGGUGGCCGGUAAAGUGAAGAAGGAGGCGUACAUCGAGAGUGAGAAGACCCUGGCCGGCAAGAGGCAGGAGCUGGUCACCCGCAUUGACAGCCUGCUGGACGCCCUGUGAACAGGCAGACAUGCAUACACUUGUACCCCUCUCGUGCACACUUACCCACCUUGAUGGUUAAUAUCCCACGGGCAUACGUAUGUAGUGAUCUCGUACCGGCACUUAGCAGGGAGCCUCUCAGUUCAUGUCACCCGGACUUUCGGGUGUCAGGAAAUAUUAAAUCAAUUAGGAGAUUUUUUUCAUCAUUUUUAGCAUCUUUGUCAGUUCCUGGGUUUACAAUGUAAUUGCAUCUUUUAUGGCCCCUCCCCAGUAAGGGGACGAUUAACCGGGCAAGUGCCGUAUGAGUGAGCUCACACUCUCCAGAUCCCGCCGCUUCAUGUUAGCUCUGCUAUCUUUGCUUUGAGCAUUUCAGAUCUAAGCCUGGACUGCAGUCCGUUCCUCCCCAGGAACUGCAGUUUUUUUAUACACUUUUAAUUUCCCUUUGUUAAAUGACAUGAUUUCUAUAGUGUGGGAGUUGUACGUGCAUGUGAUGUUUGGGGGUGUUUAUAGUGGUCAGAAGGAAUUGGAUUUAAUUUCAACCUACAAGUGAAAGUGUGAAAUUUGAAAUAAAAAAAAUUAAAGAUC